CUCGGCUGCGGCCCAACCACGUGACCUGGGAGCGUCGCGCGACUUUACACCAGCACGUUCGCUAACGGAUCAGUGACGUCACAACGGUCGCGGGGAGACGUGACCGCCGCUUUUCCCGCCGCCCCGGAAGUGACGCUGACAGCGGCUGAGCGAUGGCGGAGGGUCCCGGAGCCGCGCCGCCGCCGCACGGCUGCCCCGGCACCAGCAGCGCCCGAGCGGGCAGAGCCGCCGCCUGCCAGGGGUGUCCCAGCCAGGGGCUGUGCGCCGCCGGCGGCCCCGCCGCCCCGGACCCGGCUAUAGAAGAAAUAAAGGAGAAAAUGAAAAUUGUGAAGCACAAAAUACUAGUUUUGUCUGGGAAAGGAGGAGUCGGCAAGAGCACUUUCAGUGCCCACUUGGCUCAUGGCUUGGCAAAGGACGAGACUAAACAGAUUGCUCUGUUGGACAUAGAUAUUUGUGGACCAUCAAUCCCUAAAAUAAUGGGUAUAGAGGGAGAACAGGUUCACCAGAGUGGUUCUGGAUGGUCUCCGGUGUAUGUUGAAGAAAACUUGUGUGUAAUGUCUGUGGGGUUCUUGCUCAGUGGUCCUGAUGAUGCUGUUAUCUGGAGAGGACCCAAAAAAAACGGAAUGAUCAAACAAUUUCUUCGUGAUGUGGAUUGGGGUGAAAUUGACUACCUUAUUGUGGAUACACCUCCAGGUACUUCAGAUGAACAUUUAUCUAUUGUGCAAUAUCUAAGUUCCUCGCACAUAGAUGGAGCAGUUAUAAUCACUACUCCUCAGGAAAUAUCACUUCAGGAUGUUCGAAAGGAGAUCAACUUCUGUCAUAAGGUGAAAUUGCCGAUCAUAGGUGUUGUUGAAAAUAUGAGUGGCUUUGUAUGCCCAAAAUGUAAGAUUGAAUCUCAAAUCUUUCCUCCAACAACUGGAGGAGCAGAGAUGAUGUGCCAAAAUUUAAAUAUUUCUCUCCUGGGGAAAGUGCCCCUAGAUCCUCAAAUAGGGAAGAGUUGUGAUCAAGGCCAAUGUUUUUUCUCUGAAAUACCUGAGUCCCCAGCUACUUCAUCUUACAGGAAUAUCAUCCAAAGGAUUCAAGAAUAUUGUGCCCUACACCACUCUCAAGAAAAACUAUCUAACCAAGGAAUGGAAUAAAUGUGCAGUUAAUUAUAGGAAAGCAACGAUUGUCAUGAAUCAAUAGGAAGAAUGUAAAGAUUUGUGCUCCCUUUCUGUAUUGCAAAUAAAUAAUUUUUAAGUUAACGUCCUUGCUUUACAUUCCUGUUCUUGUGUGCGAUCACCAUAAUAUUUGAACAUCUAGUCCACCUGAUGUCUCAAAGCUUUGUUAUAAGUUUAUAGAAAUAAGUCACUUAGUGCAUCAGAGGUGAAAUCUAAACGCAGAAUUUUGUGAUACCUGUAAUCUUGCGUAUGUCGUUAGUGAAAUUAAUCUUCAAAGAUGUUCAAAUAGACUUUCUUCAGAAACUCUUGUAUAUUAAAUACAUAUUUUCAUUGGAACAUUUACCCGAGUCUUUUUUUUAAUUAGUACUUUUUUUACUUAGACAAGUUAACAUUAGUUUCCUUGUUUGUAAUACAAGAAAUUAGAGGGCAAGUGAAAAUUAACUGCAUUUGCCUUCAAAUUAAAAUCAAUAUAAACUUGUGUGUUCGACUGCAGAACAGAAUGAGUUGACUUGAGGGAGCUUGCUGCUUACUUGAUUUAUAGCAAGGAAAUAAGUCAGUGUUCAGGCUUUAUUUUACUUGGUGAAUUAAACUCCUACAAAUAAAUUAAGUGCUGUGUUGCCAGAAAUCCCUCUCAAAUGGGCCUUUCCUCUGCUCUCCUCAACCCAAUCUCUGAUUCCAGACCCCCCUCCUUCAUGACAGAAAUUAGCCAAAGGGAGGAAAGAAAAAGGGGAUGGGUAACUACCCUACUCUGCACUCUCAAGAAGGAUAUUCGCAUCCUGAGUGUUAACAAGUCUUUUGACUUGUCCAAUGGUUAAACCUCCCAAUCUCUGAGAAAUGAGUAGCACAUUCUGUAGGAAAAUUGCAGCUAUCUUUUAUAUUACGCUACUGAAAUUAUGCUCCCUGAUCUAUGUAGUAUGAAUAUCACAGAACUGAGUAUUAGAAACAUCCAGAAAUCAGGAAUCCUCUGGAGGCUUUUAUCUUAAUGACUAAAAUGACCCCAAUCAUUAUCAAACAAACUCUGUAUUAACUUCUCAAACAGAAGCAAGGAAUUAUUUUCAUAGGAUAUAAAGCUAGUCUUUGGCCUGUUUUAAGUAAAAAUUGAAAUUUUCCUUCCUGCACACAUUGCCUUUUUAUGUUAGCUUAUAACUGCAACCAAGGAACUCAUCACUAAAAAUCUGAGUUUGACAUGUUUUGACCACACAAUUCUUUACUCUUGUUCAGACAGAGUUGAUGCUCUAGAAUAGUGUUACUUAAUAAAUGUUGUCUUAUUGCUUAUCCAUUUUUCCAAUAUCAGUCCUCAACUUACACAGUCACCUAGUGGUUAUGUAUUUCCAUAUCCUUCAGGACAUCCAUUCCCUGAAUUUCUUCUUCUCUCUCCUGUAGAAUGAACACAAGAAAUCUAAAGACGAUGUUCUACUAAUCUAACGCUGCUCCAGCAUUAGUAUCUAGAACCUCUACUGCAAUCAUUUCUCAGUUAUUUUUGUUGCCGCCUCUAAUGUACUUUACAAAAUCUUAAUCUUAACUAUUCCAGGGCGGUAACACAAGAGCACACAAUGGGUUUGUUAUAAAACACGUUUGUGACGUUGCACUCCAUAUGCUUUAUGAAAAUACGCUUGGAAUGGGAAUAUAAUGUAACUGGAAUGUGCUUUUAUGCAAAAGGUCUCUUGUAAGGUAUUACAAAGCUUAUAACCUACUGAGUGUGGUCAUCCUAUUUGUAUGUAUGCAUCAGUCUUGUAUCUAAAACUAGAAAUAUGAAGUUAACUCUUAAUGGUGGUUUAGAAUCUUGAUGGCUCCUAUUGACUAGGACAAUUGGCUGUAAAUGGCUGUUUACCUGCAAGCCUUCCUGUGUACGGGAUGAAGAAUGAGGUCUCACAGGACAUCUGACGAGGUCACAUGAUUCUGGAAUCCAUCUUAAACCUGGUGCUUUUCCAUUUAAAAGGAGGGGUGGAAACCAAGAGAGACACAAGAUUCCCGCCUUGUGCCAAAGAGAUAAAAGCAGGUGGAACAGAACAAAGGAGGCUGCCAGUCAUGAGAAAUCCCCUAGUUACCACCUGAGCUGGAACUAACUAACUGUACCAGGGAAAGGAUUGGGCCUAGACUAGGAAGGAGCCUAGUCUGUGAAAGAAGCUUAUUGGAACAUCUCUGAGGGUGAGAUUUACCUGUAUUCAGUUUCUUAAAUGUAUUAGGCUUAGACUUGCGUGUUUUGUUUUAUUUUGCUUGGUAACUUACUUUGUUCUGUCUGUUAUUACUUGAAACCACUUAAAUCCUCCUUUUUAUAGUUAAUAAAAUCACUUUUGUUUAUCAA